GCGCUCUGGUUCUUUUCCGGGAAAUGAACUCCAUGGAAAUGAACGGGCAGAAUAACAAUCCUGCUGAAGGUUUUUCGCGAGAGGCUAAAUGCGCAGGCGUGUUGCGGUGUGGGUGGAUUUUGGGUGCCCGCUUGAACAGGGCGGCGUUUCUAUGGUGAGGAGGUCUUUAAUACGCCACAUGGACCCAGACACAUCGCACCUUCUGCCUCUGCUUUUAUCGCAUUUUUCGGAUGAUACAUUGUAACAGCCAUCUGCAUCUCUCGCGUAUCGGUCGUAGUCGUGUUUUUAGUUGUGUUUAUAAACGUAAGGCCUCUCAGGCGCUUAUCAAGGAUCUCUUUGAAGCGUUCAUGUUAUUAUCCUCUCUAGCAAGGAAUAUUCUGGACUCUUUAUUUAGCUUAGAAUCGGUUUCCAAUCAAAACGUUACGUUUGGAAAUGCGUCGUCUUCCCUGAAUAGCCACAACUUGACCAUCUGUGAAUAAUACAUUGUAUAUGGUCUCUAGAUCUCUCCCACAGGUGUCUUUCACAUAAAGGAUGUGGAUCUGAUUAAACAGCCGAGGCUGCUCAGCUCCUCGUUCAUUUCAUCAUUCGGUCACCGAAGACAGAUUUGACGUUAAUGUUUCGCCAGGAGGUCGGUGUCCUGUCUUUUAUUCCGUCUUGUUCGUACCUUUUCCAAUACGAGCAGAGGAACAUGUCUCGGUAUAACCUCUACAGUCUGCUGGACUGGAUGUAUGGAGGGGUGGACCCCAUGUUUGAGGGCAAUGGAGGCCCCGAGUGUGCCGCCUUCCUCUCUCCACGACAGAGACUGUUUGAGACUCUGAUUAUUGUGUUAAUUUCUAUCCUGGAAGUGGUGGUGGCUAUCAAAAAGCUAAAUGUCCCUAAAGAGGUCAGAGAUGUGGGGAAAGAUGGCAGGAGGAGUAAGGAAGACACUUGGGGCAAGAACCUAUUGCUUGUGGCUCUGUGCAUGACUUUUGGAGUUGAGGUUGGGUUUAAAUUUGCCACGAAGACUGUCAUCUACCUCCUCAAUCCAUGUCAUGUUGUCACAAUGGUGCAAAUCUUCCUGCUUGCAUGUCCCCCUUGUAAAACUGCUAUGGUUAUCUUUAGGCUUCAGGUGCACAUGCUGAACGGAGCCCUUCUAGCUCUCCUCUUCCCAGUAGUCAACACUCGACUGCUUCCAUUUGAGAAGGAGAUCUAUUAUAUUCAGCACUCCAUGUUGUAUCUUGUGCCAGUCUACCUCUUCAGAAAAGGAGGUGUGUAUAAGCCAGAGCCGCUCGGAGACAUGUGGUGGGCGCUUCUGUCCACGGGCGUCCUCUUCCUCUACCACUUUGUGUUUCUCCAGGGCCUUGGAAUGCUGACGGAAGUAAAUCUGAAUAACAUGCUGUGUCCUGCUGUCUCGGACCCCUUCUAUGGACCAUGGUACCGAGUUUGGGCGACUGGUCACCAGACUGCCCUGACGUUACUGCACGGCAAGGCUCUGACCAUCCUCUCGCAGCACACUGCUCCCACGUGCCGCUAUUUACUGGAUAUAGCAUGUCUACGCAACAAAAAGUUGGACUAGUGUUUUUAUCAGCGGUCUUACAUGGACAAAACCUCAACUGGAACUUGUCCAGCAUCCCUAGACAAAAGUAUAGUACAUUGAGAUAAACUUUUUUUUUUUCUUCUGUGUGAUGUUUUGUCCAAACUUGGUUUCUUAAAGUUGGAUCAAAAGACUGUUUUAACACCAUAGGAGCAGGACUCGAGUGACAUUAACCUUGCCUUGUUUUUUUUAGCUUUAGUGUUUGGCAAAAUGAACACUCACUGAACUCAGAACACACGUAACCUUUCUUCUCAAGUUGCCUUCUUCAGUUACACUCAACAGAGGGCCAACCCAGUUCCUUUUACUCGUUAGCCGAAUAGCUGAUGUGUGGUUAUGAAUGCUGCAUUUCCUUGCUAUAGACUCACAAAAUUACAUUUUGUUAAUAUCAUAGACCUGUUGUGGAAAGUGUAAACAUAGUGGUACUGUAUGUCUAGGAGAUUUUCCAAUGUUUCCAGCCCAUGUCUCUUUCUUUCGUCUGUAAAUAGAACUAAAGUUUUAGCUGAAGGUAUAAGCUGUGCUCACAUCUGCAAAAUAUUUUGUGUCCGUUUGAUUCCAUUUGCUAUUUGAUCGAGUACACACACACACACACACACACACACACACACACACACACACACACACUCUACUAAUGAUAUUAUCUAAGGGAAUGGACCAUGUUCUUUGUAGAAUGACCAUUUUAAAGGUUCUUUUUUGUUUUUUAUUUGUUCAGCUGAGAUACUCUUUAGAUGUUUUUUAUUGGGGGAAGUUAAAAAUGUUAUUUUCCCUUUUAUUUAUUUUAUUUUUAUUUUACAAUCUUAAUAAUAAGCUGAACACAAUUAUCUAGAAAUGGGUGAAUAACCACACACACAAACAAUUCCAAUAUGUAGUCAAAUGAAGGAUAAAUCAACUUGUUACCAGCUACACGAGGGCUGCAUCUCUUGUUCAGACACUGUCCAGAAACUGCUCUGUUUCUUUAAGUGUAGUGUUCGCAUGUCAAGCCCAGAAACGAAGAUUUGCUCAAUCAUUUUGUGGCUGUUGCAGUCGUGUAAGAAAUAACAAUUUGAGCGUUCUAGUGAAUUAUGGGAUCACUCUCAUUUCAAUGUAACUUGACUGAAUGGGAAACCUGUCUGUCUUCGUGUCAUUUUUGUACAUAUGUUUUUAUGGUCUAUAUUAAAGGUCUUCUCCAACAUUGAUGAAGAUUGUCUUUGUUUAUAAAAAAAAAAAAAAGAUAAUAAAUUCAUUCAAGUUCAUUGGUGAAGCAUAAAAAGACACCCAAUGCUUCUUUCAGAAUUUAUUUUUAUUGGAUAAAUGAUUUAAAAGGUAAUAACAAUAAUGUUUUAAAACUACAUUAUCAUUGCCACAGCCAUAGCUCACAUACCCACAUAUAACCCAUCUGUUUGCCAACCCCCCGCCCCCACCCAACACAUUAUUUUUUUUGUGUACAUUUUGUCUUUUUUUUUUUUUUUUUGGAGCCAUACUACCAUAGUCAUAAUAAAUGCCCAUUUCAAGUCUCAUCACACUAACAGCAAUUCAGUGGGGUACAGGAUCUAGUUCUACAGGGGAGUUGUUUUUCUAUUUUUUUUUUUUUAUUAUUAUGCUUUUUUUUUUUUUUGCCAGGUCGUUAUUUUAAAGUUCUGAAAGAAUCAAACCUGAAAAACAAACAAAAAGUGUUGGGCAUUACGGGGCUACACCAGGUGACCCCGAUGCCCGCAAUGACAACACCGCAAGCUGUCAGUCAUCGAAGGGCGCAUCUUCUCAAAGUUCCAGAACAUUGAAAACCACUAAAAUAAUUUAGAAACUAGGUCCAAAAUAUUUUUUUGAAAAGAAUUAAGUCAAUAUACAAAAACAGUCAUUGUGUUUACUUUUUUUUUUUUUUUUUACUUUUUUUUUUUUUUUUUUUACAAAAAAAGUUUUCAAACAAAUUUAUUGUAGUUCUUACAUUUUUUUUAUCAUCAUCAUCAUCAUUAUUAUUAGUUAUACUUUUUCUCUGUAUCUAUCAGUGUGAUUGUAUGCCAGUGUAGCUACUGGGUCCAGAGUAAAGAAAAGAGGCAUUAUUAUAUAUAUAUUUUUUUCAUUAAAUGGCAUUUAAAAAUAAGAAUUAACUCAUCUUUUGUAUAAAGUAUAACUGCUGGUCUUAGGAAAAAAAA